ACGCCACCACACACACACUCAAAUGCCUCAGCAGUUGAACCUCUAUCUUUUCGUUUACAAUUCCCUUCAGGCCUUCGGAUGGGCAAUUUCUCUCUCUAAACUUUUGAUCAACUUUGUCUCCACCAAAUCAGUCAAUGGCGCCUACGCUUCUGCUGGAGAAUUAAUCUGUUUGUUGCAAACUGUUGCAUUCUUGGAAGUUAUACAUGGAGCCAUAGGUAUUGUUCCAAGUGGGGUGUUGCUUCCUCUGAUGCAAUGGGGUGGAAGGACCCAUUUUCUGUUGGCAAUUGUUCGUCGCAUCCAUGAGAUCCAGGAGUUACCAUCAGUGUUCAUAACUUUUGUUGCUUGGAGCUUAUCAGAGGUUAUCAGGUAUCCACAUUAUGCUUUGAGUUGCAUGGGCAGUUCUCCGUCCUUGCUCAACUACUUCAGGUACACUGCUUUUAUUGUGUUGUUUCCAAUUGGAGUUGGUCCUGGUGAAAUAUGGCUUAUGUACCAAGCACUUCCAUUUAUAAGGAAGAAAAGCCUGUAUGCAGAUGCCUUUGUUGGUCUUCCUUUCAGCUAUUAUAACUUUGUCCAGGUUUUGCUUCUCUGCUAUCCAUUGCUAUGGCUGAAAAUUUACCUGCAUUUGUGGAAGCAACGAUCAUCGAAACUGGGUAAAAACCAAGGGAAGAAGAAGAAAAUUUGACCAGUUUGACAUUAUUUCAAUUACCAAUCUCAAAAAUCUGGCUGCAUAUGCAGACCAGUUGCUUCCUGCAUUAGAUUGCGCAGACACGUUAUGACAUUAUUUAUGAAUUAGGCCAUAAACUUACUGUCUUAGGCAUUAUUUCUAUAAAAUGUCUUGCUGUUACUGCACUGUGUGAACUGUAUUAAUAGUUUGCUGCAAUACAGCUUUGAGUGCCCUUAAUAUGGUUCUCUCUUCCUUUUUUCCUUUUUUUUUUUUUUU